UUGCCAGUGGCUACCAGCCGCCGCCAGACGGCUUUACUGGCAUAAAGAAUUCUUCCGUGAUGCUUCUCGAGCCUUUGCCCUGCUCGAGGAACCUAUGUUCAACGUCGCUCGCCGAAACGCCUUCCCUUCCAUGCAAUCUCUAAUGCGCUAUCCGGCCACCGAUAUUCGGGAAACCAAGGAUGCCUAUAUUUUGGAAGCAGAACUCCCUGGAAUUCGCAAAGAGGAUGUUGACAUUCAGUUUCAAGAUAAUACCUUAGUCUUACGAGGCAAGAUGGAGCGAAGCGCUCAACACGGCGACAAGGUGCCAGCUGCAGCUACGACGGAAAGUGCCACUACCACGGAUGUAGUCAGCAACGAGACUGGAGAGUCUAGCGUUGUUGCUAAAGAAGAUUCUGACAAGGACCUAACGCCACACUGGUGGAGCAACGAACGCAUAACUGGAUCAUUCUCAAGAUCAUUCUCUUUCCCUGCCUCGGUCCAAAGUGAUGCUAUUAAGGCUGCUUACAAGGAUGGAGUGCUAUCCAUUACUGUUCCCAAGGCGCAGCAAGCUAGCUCCAAAAUCAACAUUGAAUAAUUAGUUCUAUAUUGAAGCUUUUGAAAUACCAGUA